ACAGCUCAGCAGAAGCAACCCCGAUCAAUCAGCCAGUCAUCGGUGUGCAUCCAUGUUGCAGGUCCGCGGAGAAGAGCAGACACCUUGCGGCAAACACGCACCAGGAGGCUCCGGAUGAUCGCUGCCGCCGCUUCGGUCCUCUCCUGAACGGUUGUGUACUUGUUGUUGCCGUUAUUUAUUCCGUUUUUCUCGAGUCCUCUCCUCCCUGAACACCGGGGGAUGGGGGAAUGAUCAGCACCGACUCCCCUCCGCCGCCUCCUCCUCCUCCUGCUCCUCCUUCAGUCGGUCUCCUUGCCCCCUGUCAGUCGUCGGAGCUGUGGCCAGGAUGCGGGCCCCGCUGCUCGGCCAGGCUGCGGUGUUUGCGGCCCUGUUGGCGCUGAGCACCUGCCUGACAGGAUCUCAUCUGUGCCCACGGAGCUUAGACUGUGCCCGGGCAGGACGGCGCUUCUGCCAGCCAGGCAGCUCCCACUGCGGGCCCUGCCUGCGCCCGCUGGUGGAGAACUCCCAUGGCCGCUGUGUGGUCAAGAGGAGGCAUGCCCCUCACUCUGCCUCGUCCAUUAAAGGUAAGGUGAGCGCUUACCCCGAGCUGGAUGAGGAGAUCGACUUUCUCUCUGCCAUCAUCAGUGAGCAGAGGACCGAAUCCAGGCUGCCAGUUCCGCCCUCCCAGGAUGUGUCUGAACCUGAAUCCAAGCAGGUCGGUGUGCCCGGCCCCACCCACAGAGCAUUUACCACAGAGCAGGCCAUGAGCCAGAGCGUCCCAUUCAUCAGCGUGACUCCACUCACCACCGCCGCCACAACCAACCACACCCCUGCUCUGCUCAGUGACCCCAUCAUCCUCCCCUACCCCUCUAAUGACGGUGUCUUCAUCAUCAUGAGCAGCGCCUUCAUCGUGGCAGGUUCGCUGGCUUUGAUCGUAGCAGCGGCCUGUUGGGUCAGAUUGCAGAAAGGUGUGCGUCUAACUCAGAAGGUGAGCUACCCUGUAUAUGGACUGAUGAGAGCCCAAACCUUUGACAAUUUGCCUGGGGACAAGAAGCUGGCCCACAGUGCCCAAAUGUACCACUACCAGCACCAGAAGCAGCAGAUGCUCUCCCUGGAGAAACACAGGGAUGAGCCAAAAGUUCCUGACUCAGGAGCAUCGACAGAUGAGGAGAAUGAGGACGGAGAUUUCACAGUGUAUGAGUGUCCUGGAUUGGCACCCACAGGGGAAAUGGAGGUGAAGAACCCGCUGUUUGAUGACUCCACCCUUUACUUUCAGAGGUUCCACAAAUAAACCUGGACAUUGAGAUGUUUCACCCUCCAAAUGCAGCACUUGUGUGUAGUCGAAUUUACACACAUACACACACUUCACAUACACUGCUGUGCUCAAGCCGUCUAAUGGACAGGAUGGACAGUGUAAAGUACAUGGAGGAGAAAGAGGUGUUCAUGGACAUUUAAAGAACAUCAAAGGGCUGGUUUGUUGUUUGAAGCAGGACUGAAUCUGGGACCAAUUUCUCCCAUUCUGCAUCCACAGUCUGUUUUUAUUUCAUGUCAUCACCCUUUUCCCCCUAUUUUUGUUCCCAAAAUACAAUCAGCCAAUACUGAAGAACUCAAAAUGCCUAUCAGGUGGCAGACAUGCAUAUUGAAUAUAAUAUCCUGUGUUGAGUCCAGUACAGUUUUCUGAUGCCACUGAGCUACAACUAAGUAUUUCUAUCAGUUCAUUGAUAGAUUUUCACAAAUAUACUCUUUUAAUUCAUUGAGUUCUCACUGCAGGCUUUGGUUUCAUUUAAAUGUUUUUAAAAAGAAAUGUGAUUUUAAUAUUUCCUGAACUCACCCCCAUGCAGCACCGUGCUCUUUAUCAGUAUGUUAUGUAGCCAUCGUGUUCUCAGUCUAGUUCCUCUAUGCAUGAAUUGAUGAUGCUGUUAUGAAACCUGAGUCAAUAUGCAUUUACACUUCUUACAAGUUUCUUGUGCAAACUUGCUACUGAUAAUUAUAUAUAUAUAUAUAUAUAUAUAUAUAUAUUAAUAUAUAUAUAUAUAUAUAUAUAUAUAAUCUCUUGAAUGAUUUCAAAGGAAUUUGAAACUUCUUUACCUAGAACUCUGAAACAGAGCGAGCCCAUCCUGUAUAUAUGGUAUCUGACUAACAUGGCUUGUCCCCAUGGUUUUGUGAUCUGUAAAUAGCUGCUAACGUGUACAGGAAGGAGAUCUUACCUCUCACUCAGUGUGUGUGUGUGUGUGUGUGUGUGUGUGUGUGUGUGUGUGUGUGUGUGUGUGUGUGUGUGAAACAUGUUCCUGUAGAUUCCUGAGUGCUGUGUCAAAUAUUGAACUUCUGUUUGUCUCCUUAUCGUUGAUUAUAUUUGCAGGGUUCCUACACAUGUGGAAAGGACAGGAAAUGUCGAGGUUUCAAAAACAUAUUGGACCCGGUAUAUUUGUCAUUGUGCGUUAAAGUUUUUAACUCAAAUGUAAUAGUUUUGUAGAUGAAGGGGGAAGCAGAGAGUAUCCGCACAUUAUAACCAUCGUUCCUAAACUUUUCUUAGAAGGGACCAGGCAAUGUUUCUGUCCUUUUUUCUUUCUUAUGCUAGCUAACUAGCUAACAAUUGAUCUUUUGACUGAUUGACUAGCUACUUAGCUAAUCUACAGUACAGCAUCAGUGGUAAGCUAGCGAGUUACAUCCAACAGCUGCUAGCAAAUCGCUAAGUAAGUUGCUAAUUUACAUCAAUCAUUAGUUAGAUAGUCAGCUAGCAUUUCGCUAACAUUGGCUGACCGUUAUCUUUAAACCGUCCUCGGUCCUGGGCAUUUGGUUUUCUUUUCAACCAGCUAGCGCCAGUGUUGGGAGUAAUGUAAUAUUAAGUGACACAGUACUGUAAUUCCACUACUUGGCAGUAGUUCUUGACUGAAUGAACAGAACAGUAGAAACAACGUAGAUUGGUGCAUCCCUAACUGAUAUUCUCUGCUUUCUCCUUUACUGAAGCUGCUAUCCUCGCCUGGCCUAAAUACGGUCCUGGAUUGUGCACAACUACCUUUCUCUAGUUUGUAGAAAGCCAUGUUGCCCCAAGACAUAGAUCACAGGUCGAAUGACACACCCAGGAUGAUUCUUGAGUUCAGUGACAGAUGUUUGGCAGGGAAACGGUGCAGGAACCCUGGAUGUAACUGUGGCCUCUCGCUGUCGUCUCUCAGGAAAGUCGCUCUCUGUGGCUCCUCUCUUCGGCCUGCUCCCUCUCUCUCAGCCUCUCGGCUCUCCCACGGUGGUGGAGGAGCACGCUAAACUGUACUUGACCUGCACACAUACACAUACAUGAGUGUCAAUAUGUAAAAAGAAAUAGCAGAUACCAGGGAGUAUUAACACUGGAGAUCUUUAACUGUGUUGUAAAGACUGUUUUAUUUAAACCUACUGAGCUUGUGGAACAAAAUGAAGGGCAAUUUAUCGGCCUGAGAGAUGAGGGAUUAGCAGAAAAGAUACAAAUACUCAUGUUUGCCUUUUUUUAAAUGUUAAAUAGCUCUGCUUUCCCUUCACUAGUGCUGAGAGCUAUACAAAAACCGAGCAGGUUGUCUUGUUUUGGUCAUUCUCUCUCUGAUGAUGAAUGGGUAUCAUGAAGGAACUCUAGAACAAGUAACUACCUAGGUUAGCUAUCUUUGAUACAGACUGUUUUGAGACUACAUAUAAUGAGUUCUGUACACAGAAGAGAACUUCUUUACCACUAUGUUUAGCAUGCAUGUGGAUAUACCACAGCUGAAAUGAAGGAAAUAAAUAUUUAUAUAACCUGAAGUGAAA